UGCGCGGCGUGGGCUUCCCCCGCCCGGCGCCCAACAAGUCUCCUUCGUCCAAGCUGCGCGCUGACGCGGGGCCGAGCAAGCGAGCGGGGGAGCGAGCGCGGGGAGCCCCAAGCCCCGGCCGGCUGCAUCUGGGAUUGCGCCGAGCCCAGCCUCGGUCCCCUCUCUGUGGGUAGGGAUGGUUGAGUCCAGCCGCCGCGGCAGCGGCUCCUUGCGCCUCUAGCAGCCGUCUUCUGCGCUCCCCGCCUUCCUUCCCUCGCAGCCCCGCUCUGCGCCCGCCCCUCCCGCGUCUCCCACUCGCGGGCGCGCUCUCCAGCUGCCUCCGCUCCGCUCCGCUCCCCGCCUCCCUCCCGCAGCCUCGCCGCCGCGGUGCCUUCCUGCCCGGCUCGGCCGGCCCCGCCGCCCGCUCUCGGCCCGGAGCGGCUCAGCCCUGCAGUGGCUCGGGACCGAUGCUAGGAGAGGGACGCGAGCCGGGCGCCGAGAGCUGCAGGAGGCGUCGGAUGCGCGGCCGGCGGCGUCGGGACCGGGAUCGCUCUCCGGCUCGCCUUGCCCUCCGGUGAUUCUCGGCUGCGUCCGCGGCAGCGCCGCGCCUCCCGGAGCAGCCCGGCGUCGCGCGUGGAGGAGCCGCAGACAUGACUGCGCGGAGGAGAGGCGAGGCGCCGCUGCUGCUCCUGCUGCCGGCCGCUCUGUGUGCCGGUCUCCUCGCCGCAGCAAACGGUCAGAGCUGCGGGGGCUUGGUCCAGGGCCCCAACGGCACGAUCGAGAGCCCCGGCUUUCCUCACGGCUACCCCAACUACGCCAACUGCACGUGGAUCAUCGUCACCGGCGAGCGCAACCGGAUCCAGCUGUCCUUCCUCAGCUUCGCGCUGGAGGAAGACUUCGACAUCCUGUCGGUCUACGACGGGCAGCCGCAGCAGGGCAACCUCAAAGUGAGGCUGUCAGGAUUUCAGCUCCCCUCCUCCAUGGUGAGCACGGGAUCCAUCCUCACGCUGUGGUUCACCACUGACUUCGCAGUGAGCGCCCAGGGCUUCAAGGCCCUGUACGAAGUUUUACCUAGCCACACAUGUGGGAAUCCUGGGGAAAUACUGAAAGGAGUUCUCCACGGAACCAGAUUCAACAUAGGAGACAAGAUCCGGUACAGCUGCCUCUCGGGCUACGUGCUGGAAGGGCAUGCCAUCCUGACAUGCAUCGUCAGCCCCGGCAACGGCGCGACCUGGGACUUCCCAGCUCCUCUCUGCAGAGCUGAAGGCGCGUGUGGAGGAACCCUGCGUGGCACCAGCAGCACCAUCUCAAGCCCACACUUCCCGUCUGAGUAUGAGAACAACGCCGACUGCACCUGGACCAUCCUGGCCGAGCCUGGGGACACCAUAGCGCUGGUCUUCACUGACUUCCAGCUGGAGGAGGGGUAUGACUUCCUGGAGAUCAGCGGGACAGAGGCCCCAUCCAUAUGGCUGACGGGCAUGAACCUGCCCUCUCCUGUCAUCAGCAGCAAGAACUGGCUGCGGCUGCACUUCACGUCCGACAGCAACCACCGGCGCAAGGGUUUCACCGCCCAGUUCCAAGUGAAAAAGGCUAUUGAGCUGAAGUCCAGAGGAGUCAAGAUGCUUCCUGGCAAAGGCAGCAGCCAGAAGAACUCUGUCUUGAGUCAGGGAGGCGUUUCAUCGGCUUCGGACAUGUGCCCAGACCCGGGGAUUCCGGAGAAUGGCAGGAGAGCGGGCUCUGACUUCAGGGUUGGAGCGAAUGUGCAGUUCUCCUGCGAGGACAGCUACGUGCUCCAGGGAUCCAAGGCCAUCACGUGCCAGAGAGUGACGGAGACGCUGGCAGCCUGGAGCGACCACCGGCCCAUCUGCCGAGCGAGGACGUGCGGGUCCAAUCUGCGUGGGCCCAGCGGCGUCAUCACCUCGCCCAACUACCCGGUGCAGUACGAGGACAACGCACACUGUGUUUGGGUGAUCACCACGGCGGACCCAGACAAGGUCAUCAAGCUGGCCUUUGAAGAGUUUGAGCUGGAGAGGGGUUACGAUACGCUUACUGUGGGGGACGCCGGGAAAGUGGGGGACACCAGAUCCGUCCUGUAUGUACUCACGGGCUCCCGUGUCCCCGACCUCAUCGUGAGCAUGAGCAGCCAGAUGUGGCUGCACCUGCAGUCCGACGACAGCAUCGGCUCGCCGGGAUUUAAGGCCGUUUACCAAGAGAUUGAAAAGGGUGGGUGUGGUGACCCCGGAGUCCCGGCCUACGGGAAGCGCACCGGCAGCAGCUUCCUCCACGGGGACACACUCACUUUCGAGUGCCAGGCAGCCUUCGAGCUGGUGGGCGAGAAGACCAUCACCUGCCAGCAGAAUAACCAGUGGUCAGGCAACAAGCCCAGCUGUGUGUUCUCCUGCUUCUUCAACUUCACGGCGGCCUCGGGCAUCAUUCUCUCGCCCAAUUACCCGGAGGAGUACGGCAACAACAUGAACUGCGUCUGGCUCAUCAUUGCAGAGCCGGGAAGCAGAAUCCACCUCAUCUUCAACGACUUCGACGUGGAGCCUCAGUUUGACUUCCUCGCGGUCAAAGACGAUGGGGCUUCUGACAUAACUGUCCUUGGCACCUUCUCUGGCAAUGAGGUCCCGGCCCAGCUGGCCAGCAGCGGGCACAUAGUGCGCCUGGAGUUCCAGUCGGAUCACUCCACCACCGGCAGAGGGUUCAACAUCACCUACACCACAUUUGGGCAAAAUGAAUGUCAUGACCCUGGCAUCCCUAUAAAUGGGCGGCGUUUUGGUGACAGGUUCCUCCUGGGGAGCUCAGUUUCCUUCCACUGUGACGAUGGAUUUGUGAAGACCCAGGGGUCAGAGUCGAUCAGCUGCAUCUUGCAGGAUGGGAACGUGGUGUGGAGCUCCACCGUGCCGCGCUGCGAAGCGCCAUGCGGUGGACAUCUGACCGCUUCCAGCGGGGUCAUCUUGCCUCCCGGAUGGCCAGGCUAUUACAAAGAUUCUUUGAACUGUGAAUGGAUCAUCGAAGCGAAGCCAGGACACUCCAUCAAAAUAACCUUUGACAGGUUUCAGACAGAAGUCAACUAUGACACCUUGGAGGUCAGGGACGGCCCUGCCAGCUCGUCGCCCUUGAUCGGAGAAUAUCACGGCACGCAGGCGCCGCAGUUCCUCAUCAGCACCGGCAACUACAUGUACCUGCUCUUCAGCACCGACAGCAGCCGCGCCAGUGUGGGCUUCCUCAUCCGCUACGAGAGUGUGACCCUCGAGUCAGACUCCUGCCUCGACCCGGGCAUCCCUGUGAACGGCCACAGGCACGGCAGUAACUUCGGCAUCCGGUCCACCGUGACCUUCAGCUGCGACCCCGGGUAUACGCUGAGUGACGACGAGCCCCUGGUCUGCGAGAGGAACCACCAGUGGAAUCAUGCAUUGCCCAGCUGUGACGCCCUGUGUGGAGGCUACCUGCAGGGGAAGAGCGGAACGGUCCUUUCUCCCGGCUUUCCGGACUUUUAUCCCAACUCCCUCAACUGCACGUGGACCAUCGAGGUGUCUCACGGAAAGGGGGUGCACAUGAUCUUCCACACCUUCCACCUGGAGAGCUCCCACGACUUCCUGCUCAUCACGGAGGACGGCAGUUUCUCCCAGCCGGUGGCCCGGCUCACGGGCUCCGUGCUGCCCCACACCAUCAAGGCCGGCUUGUUUGGAAACUUCAGUGCCCAGCUGCGCUUCAUCUCAGACUUCUCCAUCUCCUAUGAGGGCUUCAACAUCACCUUUUCAGAGUAUGACCUGGAGCCCUGCGACGACCCCGGCGUCCCCGCCUUCAGCCGCAGGAUUGGCUUCCGCUUCGGCGUCGGGGACACGCUGACCUUCUCCUGCUUCCCCGGCUACCGCCUGGAGGGCGCGGCAGUGCUCGCGUGCCUGGGCGGGGGCCGCCGCGUGUGGAGCGCACCUCUGCCAAGGUGUGUGGCCGAAUGUGGAGCAAGCAUCAGAGGCCAUGAAGGCACGCUGCUGUCUCCGAACUUCCCAUCCAAUUAUGACAAUAACCACGAGUGCAUCUACAAGAUAGAGACGGAAGCCGGCAAGGGCAUCCGCCUCCAAGCCCGGAGCUUUCAGCUGUUCGCAGGAGAUACUCUCAAGGUCUACGAUGGAAAAGACAGCUCAUCGCGUCCACUGGGAACCUUCACUAAGAGCGAGCUGAUGGGGCUCACCCUCAACAGCACCUCCAACCACCUGUGGCUGGAAUUCAACACCAACAGCUCGGACACCGACCGCGGCUUCCAGCUGACCUACACCAGCUUUGAUCUGGUCAAGUGCGAGGACCCCGGCAGCCCCCACUAUGGCUACCGGAUCCGCGACGAGGGCCACUUCACGGACACCGUGGUUCAGUACGGCUGCAACCCGGGCUACGUGAUGCACGGCAGCAGCACCCUCACGUGUCUCAGUGGGGACCGGAGGGUGUGGGACAAGCCGGUGCCCUCCUGCGUAGCGGAGUGUGGAGGCCACAUCCAUGCAGCCACAUCUGGACGCAUCUUGUCCCCCGGCUACCCGGCCCCGUAUGACAACAACCUGCACUGUACCUGGACUGUGGAGGCGGAGCCAGGAAGGACCAUCAGCCUGCACUUCAUCGUUUUUGACACGGAGCUGGCACAUGACAUCCUCAAGGUGUGGGAUGGCCCGGUGGACAGUGACAUCCUCCUGAAGGAGUGGAGCGGCUCGGCACUGCCAGAGGACGUCCACAGCACCUUCAACUCGCUCACGCUGCAGUUCGACAGUGACUUCUUCAUCAGCAAGUCAGGCUUCUCCAUCCAGUUCUCCACUUCGGUCGCAUCCACCUGCAAUGACCCCGGGAUGCCCCAGAACGGCACCCGCUACGGAGACAGCCGGGAGCCGGGCGACACCCUCACCUUCCAGUGCGACCCAGGGUACCAGCUGCAAGGACAAGCCAAGGUCACCUGUGUGCAGCUCAACAACCGGUUCUUCUGGCAGCCAGACCCGCCCACGUGCAUAGCUGCGUGCGGCGGGAACCUGACUGGCCCCACGGGCGUCAUCCUGUCCCCUAACUACCCGCAGCCCUACCCCCCGGGCAAGGAGUGUGACUGGAGAGUGAAGGUGAACCCGGACUUUGUCAUCGCCUUGGUAUUCACAAGCUUCAACAUGGAGCCCAGCUACGACUUCCUGCACAUCUACGAGGGAGAAGACUCCAACAGCCCUCUCAUCGGGAGUUUCCAGGGCUCCCAAGCCCCAGACAGAAUCGAGAGCAGCGGGAGCAGCCUGUUCCUGGCAUUUCGGAGCGACGCCUCUGUGGGCUUGUCAGGGUUCGCCAUUGAGUUUAAAGAGAAGCCACGGGAAGCUUGCUUUGACCCUGGGAGCGUCAUGAAUGGGACCAGAGUUGGAACCGACUUCAAACUGGGCUCCACGGUCACCUACCAGUGUGACUCUGGCUACAAGAUCGUGGAGCCAUCGUCCAUCACCUGUGUGAUUGGGGCUGACGGGAAGCCCUCCUGGGACCGCGCCCUGCCCUCCUGCACAGCCCCGUGCGGCGGCCAGUACUCGGGGUCCGAAGGUGUGGUCCUGUCCCCCAACUACCCGCACAACUACACGGCCGGCCAGACCUGCCUCUACACCAUCGCCGUGCCCAAGGAGUUCGUGGUGUUCGGGCAGUUCCUGCACUUCCAGACGGCGCCCGGUGACGUGGCAGAGCUGUUCGACGGAAGCCACCCGCAGGCCAGGCUGCUCAGCUCCCUCUCGGGGUCUCACUCAGGGGAGACAUUGCCUCUAGCCACGUCGAAUCAAAUUCUCCUUCGGUUCAGCGCGAACAGCGGCGCAUCGGCCAGGGGCUUCCACUUCCUCUAUCAAGCUGUGCCCCGCACCAGCGACACCCAGUGCAGCUCUGUCCCCGAGCCCCGGUAUGGACGGAGGAUUGGGUCUGAGUUCUCGGCAGGCUCCAUCGUGCGGUUUGAGUGCAACGCAGGGUACCUGCUCCAGGGGUCCUCGGCCAUCCGCUGCCAGUCGGUCCCCAACGCGUUGGCACAGUGGAACGACACCAUCCCGAGCUGCGUGGUUCCUUGCAGUGGCAAUUUUACCCAGCGGAGAGGCACGAUUCUGUCCCCUGGCUACCCUGAGCCCUACGGCAACAACCUGAACUGUGUGUGGAGGAUCCUAGUGACAGAGGGGUCUGGGAUUCAGAUCCAGGUGAUCAGCUUCGCCACAGAGCAGAACUGGGACUCGCUGGAGAUCCAUGACGGCGGGGAGGCAAGUGCCCCGAGACUGGGCAGCUUCUCAGGGACCACGGUGCCUGCCCUGCUGAACAGCACCUCCAACCAGCUCUACCUGCACUUCCAGUCCGACAUCAGUGUGGCCGCGGCGGGCUUCCACCUGGAGUACAAGACCGUGGGUCUCGCCGCCUGUCAAGAGCCAGUGCUCCCCAGCAAUGGCAUCAAGCUCGGAGACCGCUACAUGGUGAAUGACGUGCUGUCCUUCCAGUGCGAGCCGGGGUACACCUUGCAGGCAGCUCUGAGCAAUGAACUCGUGCACUGCUGUGUCAUUGCCAAGAGCGAGGAUGGAUUCCGGAUUUGUAAAAACCAGGCAGCCCGUUUCACUGUCGCAGAGCUGGGCACAGUUGGGCGGCACGUGCCUUCGGCGCGGCUCUGCAGAGUGGCCCCCAAGCCAGCUCACAGUGAGGUGGGCAAGCUGAGCCUGCUUGUGACUGGGUGUGGGGUCUACGAGGGUGGGGGUUCUGAGGCCGACCUCCCUAGUGGGCUGGGUGGAGCCACCUGCGGAGGGACGCUGACCGACCCUGGGGGCGUGAUCCUGAGCCCCGGCUUCCCCGGCUCCUACCCCAACAACCUGGACUGCACCUGGAAGAUCUCGCUGCCCAUCGGCUUUGGUGCCCACAUCCAGUUUCUGAAUUUCUCCACCGAAGCGAACCACGACUACCUGGAAGUGCAGAACGGGCCCUACCCCAGCAGCCCGAUGAUCGGGCAGUUCAGCGGCACGGACCUGCCCCUGGCGCUGCUCAGCACGACGCACGAGACGCUCAUCCGCUUCCACAGCGACCACUCGCAGAACCGGCAGGGGUUCAAACUGGCUUACCAAGCUUAUGAGUUACAGAACUGCCCGGACCCACCGCCCUUCCAGAACGGGUACAUGAUCAACUCCGACUACAGCGUGGGCCAAUCCAUCUCGUUUGAGUGCUACCCAGGCUACGUCCUCAUAGGGCACCCUGUCCUCACCUGUCAGCACGGGACCAACAGAAACUGGAACUACCCCUUCCCACGGUGCGAUGCUCCUUGUGGGUACAACGUGACCUCCCAGAACGGAACCAUCUACUCCCCCGGCUUUCCCGACGAGUACCCCAUCCUGAAGGACUGCCUCUGGCUGAUCACCGUCCCCCCGGGGCACGGAGUGUACAUCAACUUCACCCUGCUGCAGACCGAGGCAGUGAAUGACUACAUCGCUGUCUGGGAUGGUCCGGAUCAGAGUGCGCCCCAGCUGGGUGUGUUCAGCGGGAACACAGCACUGGAAACGGCCUACAGCUCCACCAACCAGGUCCUGCUCAAGUUCCACAGCGACUUUUCCAAUGGAGGCUUCUUCGUGCUCAAUUUUCAUGCUUUCCAGCUGAAGAAGUGCCCGCCACCGCCCGCGGUCCCCCACGCAGACACGCUGGCCGAGGACGAGGACUUUGAAAUCGGAGACUUCGUGAAGUACCAGUGCCACCCUGGGUACACCCUGUUGGGGAGCGACACGCUGACCUGCAAACUCAGCGCCCAGCUGCAGUUCGAAGGCUCCCCGCCGGCCUGCGAAGCGCAGUGCCCAGCGAAUGAAAUCCGGACGGAAUCCUCUGGAGUGAUCCUCAGCCCUGGGUACCCCAGCAACUACUUCAACUCCCAGACGUGUUCUUGGAGCAUUAAGGUGGAGCCGAGCUUCAACAUCACCAUCUUUGUGGACACCUUUCAGAGUGAGAAGCAAUUUGAUUCACUGGAAAUAUUUGACGGAUCUUCUGGGCAGAGCCCUCUGCUCGUGGUCCUGAGCGGGAACCACACUGAGCAGUCCAGCUUCACCAGCCGGGGCCACCAGCUCUUCCUCCGCUGGUCCACCGACCACGCGACCAGCAAGAAGGGCUUCAAGAUCCGCUAUGCAGCCCCGUACUGCAGUCUGAGCUCCACUCUGAAGGACGGCGGAGUUGUGAACAGGACAACAGGGGCCAUCGGGAGCAAAGUGCAGUACUUCUGCAAGCCUGGGUACCGCAUGGUGGGCCCCAGCAAUGCCACCUGCAGCCGGAACCCCAUGGGAAUGUACCAGUGGGAUGCCCUCACACCCAUCUGCCAGGCUGUAUCCUGCGGCAUUCCGGAGUCCCCAGGAAAUGGCUCAUUCACAGGCAAUGAGUUCACGCUGGACAGCAAAGUCACCUAUGAGUGUAAUGAGGGCUUCAAGCUAGAAGCCAGCCAGCAAGCCAGCGCAGUGUGCCGGGAGGACGGCUCAUGGAGUAACAGAGGGCAGCCACCUGCGUGCAGACCCGUGCCCUGCCCCAGCAUCGAGGCGCAGCUGUCUGAACACGUCCUCUGGAAAUUGGUGUCCGGGCAGCCGAAUGAGUACGGAGCCCAGGUCCUGCUGAGCUGCAGCCCAGGUUACUACUUAGAGGGCCGCAGGCUGCUCCAGUGCCAGGCCAACGGGACCUGGAGCUUGGGAGAUGAGCGGCCCCGCUGCAAAGUGAUCUCGUGCGGGAGCCUGUCCUUCCCCCCAAAUGGUAACAAGAUCGGGACGCUGAUGGUGUACGGGGCCACUGCCAUCUUCACCUGCAACACGGGCUACACCCUGGUGGGCUCGCAUGUCCGGGAGUGCUUGGCCAACGGGCUGUGGAGCGGCUCUGAAACACGGUGUCUGGCUGGCCACUGCGGCUCCCCGGACCCCAUCGUGAACGGCCACAUCAGCGGGGAUGGCUUCAGCUACCGGGACACUGUUGUCUACCAGUGCAGCCCUGGCUUCCGGCUGGUGGGGACAUCAGUCAGGAUCUGCCUGCAGGACCACAAGUGGUCUGGACAGACCCCCGUCUGUGUCCCAAUCACCUGUGGACACCCUGGAAAUCCCGCCCAUGGGGUCACCAACGGCAGCGAGUUCAACCUGAACGACCUCGUGAACUUCACCUGCAACGUGGGCUACCUGCUGCAGGGGGCCUCGCGCGCCCAGUGCCGGAGCAACGGGCAGUGGAGCAGCCCGCUGCCCACCUGCAGAGUGGUGAACUGCUCUGACCCAGGCUUUGUGGACAACGCCAUCCGACACGGGCAGCAGAACUUCCCUGAGAGCUUCGAGUUCGGCUCUAGCGUCCUGUUCCACUGCAAGAAGGGGUUUUACCUGCUGGGCUCUUCGGCCCUGACCUGCACAGCAAGCGGCUUGUGGGACCGCGCUCUGCCCGCCUGCCUGGCCAUCUCCUGUGGGCACCCCGGGGUCCCUGCCAAUGCCGUGCUGACCGGGGAGCUGUUCACCUAUGGAGCCAGAGUGCAGUACUCGUGCAAAGGGGGCCAGAGCCUCUCCGGCAGCAGCACGCGAGUGUGCCAGGAGGACAGCCACUGGAGCGGGGCCCUGCCACACUGCUCAGGAAGCAGCCCCGGAUUCUGUGGGGACCCGGGGACCCCUGCGCACGGUUCGCGGCUCGGGGACGAAUUCAAGACCAAGAGUCUCCUGCGCUUCUCCUGUGAGAUGGGCUACCAGCUGCGUGGCUCGGCUGAGCGGAUGUGCCUGCUCAACGGGUCCUGGUCAGGGCUGCAGCCCGUGUGUGAAGCCGUGUCCUGCGGGAAUCCCGGCACGCCCACCAAUGGCCGCAUAGUGAGCAGCGACGGCAUCCUCUUCGCCAGCUCUGUGGUCUACGCGUGCUGGGAGGGCUACAAGACCUCGGGGCUCACCACGCGGCACUGCACGGCCAACGGGACCUGGACGGGCACUGCGCCCGACUGCACAGUUAUCAGCUGUGGAGACCCAGGCACGCUGCCCAACGGUGUCCAGUUUGGGACUGAUUUCACCUUCAACAAGACUGUGAGCUUCCGGUGCGGCCCUGGGUACCUGAUGGAGCCCGCCUUAGCGUCCACCAUCCAGUGCACCAAGGACGGCACGUGGAACCAGAGCAAGCCUGUCUGCAAAGCUGUGCUGUGCAGCCCGCCCCCGCCUGUGCCCAACGGAAGGGUGGAAGGUGCCGACUUCCGCUGGGGCUCCAGUGUCAGCUACAGCUGCGUGGCUGGCUUCCAGCUGUCCCACUCGGCCAUCCUCUCCUGCGAGGGGCACGGAGUGUGGAAAGGGGAGGUCCCGCAGUGCCUGCCCGUGUUCUGCGGAGACCCCGGGGCGCCAGCCGAGGGGCGGAUCAGCGGGAAGAGCUUCACCUUCAGGUCUGAGGUCUUCUUCCAGUGCAAGGCGCCCUUCAUUCUGGUGGGGUCGUCGCGGAGAACGUGUCAGGCCGACGGCACCUGGAGCGGUGUUCAGCCCACCUGCAUAGAUCCUGCACAUAACACCUGCCCGGACCCUGGCACCCCACACUUCGGAAUACAAAACAGUUCUAGAGGAUAUGAGGUGGGGAGCACCGUGUUCUUCAGAUGCAGGAGAGGCUACCACGUGCAGGGCUCCACGACCCGGACCUGCCUGGCCAACCUCACCUGGAGUGGCGUGCAGGCCGAGUGUACACCUCACGCCUGCCGGCAACCCGAGACCCCAGCCCACGCGGACGUGAGGGCCAUCGACCUUCCUGCGUUUGGCUACACCUUGGUGUACACGUGCCACCCAGGGUUUUUCCUUGCUGGCGGAUCUGAACACAGGACGUGCAAGGCAGAUAUGAAAUGGACGGGGAAGUCACCUGUGUGUAAAAGUAAAGGAGUGAGAGAAGUUAAUGAAACAGUUACUAAAACUCCAGUUCCUUCUGAUGUCUUUUUCGUCAAUUCGGUGUGGAAGGGCUAUUAUGAAUACUUGGGCAAGAGGCAGCCAGCGACUCUGACUGUUGACUGGUUCAACGCGACCAGCAGCAAGGUGAACGCGACCUUCACGACAGCCCCACAGGUGCAGCUGGACCUGACAGGGCUGUACAAGAAGGAGGAGGCUCACUUGCUUCUGAAAGCCUUUCAGAUGAAAGGCCAGGUGGACAUUUUUGUGAGCAAGUUCGAGAACGACAACUGGGGCCUGGAUGGCUACGUGUCCUCGGGACUGGAGAGGGGAGGCUUCACUUUUCAAGGUGACAUACAUGGGAAAGACUUCGGGAAGUUCAAGCUAGAGAGGCAAGAUCCCUCAAGCCCCGACCAAGACCCUUCGAGUCAUUACCACGGCACCAGCAGUGGUUCCGUGGCAGCCGCUAUUCUGGUUCCCUUCUUUGCUCUAAUCUUAUCAGGGUUUGCAUUUUACCUCUACAAACACAGAACGAGACCCAAAGUCCAAUACAAUGGCUACGCUGGACACGAAAACAGCAACGGACAAGCAUCCUUUGAAAAUCCCAUGUAUGACACAAACUUAAAGCCCACGGAAGCCAAGGCCGUGCGCUUUGACACGACUCUGAACACAGUGUGCACGGUGGUAUAGCCCUGAGUGCCGGACUGACCCAUAGCCAUACCUCCGCAAGACGAGCAGGCUUCCUCUGGUGCCGUAGACCACACUUCCUCCUCCUCUUGCUUUGCUGCAGCACCGCCUCCAUUGUCUUCUGGUGUCCACGGGCAGAGCCUUCACCCUCUCCAUGUGGCAGCAACUCCCACAGACCAGACUGCAAACGUGGAUUUCUAACGUGUCCACUCAGCCGCGGCACACUCCAGGGAGAAAUCCGAGUCCCGAGACACGCCAAGCUCCACGCCCCAGACCCCGUCCCUGUGUGGCCUGGUGCCUUCCAGGGCGAUCUUGGGCCGCACGGAAGCAUCCUCCCGGCAGCAACGACACAGUAGCACCACACUCCGUGUUUUUAUUUUCCUUUGAUUCUCCGCGGACACAGAUGCUGUAAAAGAAAAACCACGUUUUCUUGAGGAAGACACCUUUCUAACAGAUGCACAUACCUACGAAUGCUUCACUCUGUCCUUCCUGAGACCCAGCAAGCUUUGGGGACCACGUGGCUCCCUCCCCACGGUCCACUGUGGGGGACAUUCGCCAGUUUCCCUGCCAACUGUUCUAUUGCAGAAUUUUUGAUGCACAAUUUUUUGCACUAGGGUGUUAUGAAUGAUUGAGUAAGAUUCUGAUAAAAAUAAACUAUUCACACAGGGUUUAUACACACUCCACGUUGUAUAUACGCAUCCUUCGUAGCGCCAGCCACACAUCCCACCCUCGGUUCCACUGGAGCGGGAGGUAAGAGCCCCAGUGCACACAGCACAGGAGGUGAAAGGCAGUGCUGGAGCGAGGUAGCGUGCUGCCCUUCCACUAGCUCCGCGCGGUUUUAGUUUCC